AAUAUUUUCGACGUGGCGUACAUGGCGGCUGAGCUCGUCAUCGCCUUUUUCUCCACUACAGGAAAUCUACUGGUCUGUGUCGCUGUGGGCCUCAACCGUAAAUUGCGCACCGUCACCAACUACUUCCUGGUCUCGCUCGCAGUUGCUGACAUUUGCGUGGGCGCAAUCGCCAUUCCCUGUGCCAUCCUGACCGACAUUGGCAUGCCGCGCCACAAUCUCUACCUGUGUCUUCUCAUGCUCAGCGUUUUGAUCAUGUUCACCCAGAGCUCCAUCUUCAGCCUGCUGGCAGUGGCUGUGGAGCGCUACAUCGCCAUCUUCAUGCCUUUCCGAUACCAGGUCCUGAUGACGCCUCGCAACGCUGUGCUGGUGAUCCUCGCCACAUGGAUUCUGGCGUUUCUCAUCGGACUUGUGCCUCUGAUGGGCUGGCACAAGACGCCGCCUGACACGGGCUACUGUUUCUUCGUCCUGGUGGUGGACAUGACCUACAUGGUCUACUUCAAUUUCUUCGCUUGCGUGCUCACUCCUCUGGUGAUCAUGUUCCUCAUCUACGCCCAAAUCUUUGUCACGGUUAAGCGGCAAGUACGGCGCAUCACAUCUGAGCAAAGCGGCAGAGGUGACGGACAAAUCAGGACCGCGGCCAGCAUGCGACGAGAGAUGAAGACGGCUACUUCUCUCUUUCUGGUUCUUUUCCUCUUUACGGUCUGCUGGAUCCCACUUCACAUAAUCAACUGCUUCCUGCUUCUCUGUCCGCGCUGCUAUGUACCUCUUGAGCUUCUGCUCACAGCCAUCAUCCUGUCACACGCAAACUCUGCUGUCAACCCUUUCCUUUAUGCCUACACCAUGACGGCUUUCAGGGACACAUUUAAAGCUAUUUUUAUGUGCUGCAGGACAGUGGUGGACAGAGAGGCUUUAAAUGAGACCAACAGCGGGGAUCAACGCUAG